ACAGGAGGUGGGGAUCAGAGAAAGUUGAGAGAGAGAGAGAGAGAGAGAGAGAGAGAGAGUAGAAGAAGAAGAAGAAGAAGAAGAAGAAGAAGUUCACUCAUGCAGGAACGCUGGAGGGAGAAGAGAUGAAUGAGGACGCGUAUCAAGUCCCUGCGAGGAAUGAGUACCGCUACCUGGUGCAGGAUGAGGGGGAGGAGGAGAUCCAGUACGUCCGACGUCACUACGUCAGCCCGUUUCUGGUGGUGUCGAAGCGGUGCAUGUUUUUAAUAGCCUGUGGAGUGCUCGCAUUGCUUGCUCUUGCCGGAUAUUUGGCUCAUAUCGCCCAGACUCCGCCCCCAGGCUUUGCGGAGGUGCCCACGGACUGUGGUUGGCUGCGCGGGCGCUGGGAGAACGGAGCUUAUUCCUUCAAAGGCAUCCCAUAUGCCGUCCCGCCUGUCGAUGAACGCCGGUGGAUGCCUCCGAAAGAUCCAAAGGAAGCGGGGGAUUGUUGGCAUGGUGUUUACGAUGCUACCCGUGUACGCAGCGUAUGUGCACAAGUGCAGCCACUUCAAAAAGAUGGGCAUGUGACCGGAAGCGAGGAUUGCCUUCAUCUGAGCGUGUUUACGCCCAGCUUGCAGCCUGCCGAACCCCUGCCCGUCAUGGUGUGGCUCCAUGGAGGGUAUCUGCACAUGCUGAGUGGGCAGGAGAAAGGCUACUCACCCACCGAAGAGCUAGCGGCCCAAACACAAACCGUCUUUGUCAGUCUGAACUACAGGCUCAAUGCCUUUGGCUUCAUGGCCCUGGAGGUGCUGAGAGAGGGUUCACCCACCAAUACCUCAGGGAACUAUGGCUUCAUGGACCAGAUUCAAGCUCUUAAGUGGGUUCAGAAAAACAUCCACGUGUUUGGUGGAGACCCAACAAAGGUCACCAUAUUUGGCCAGAGUUCAGGAGGAACAUCUGUGUGGACGUUGAUGAUGUCAAAGCUGGCCCAGGGCCUGUUCCAUCGUGCGAUCGACAUGAGCGGCUCAUACGUGUAUAACGCCAGUCUGGCCUCAGCUGAGAGAGACAACCUUGUGUUCCUCAAACAGACAGGCUGCCAGGACGCCGCUUGUCUUCGAAAGCUCAGCAUAACUGAAGUCUUGCAGGCCAUUCCAUGGGAGGAGUAUCCGUAUUGGGCAGCAGAGGACCUAACUGACAUUCCUGUUAAAGACCGCGUCUGCGGUCCAGUUGCGGUUGUGGACGGCCAUGUUCUUUCUGUUCCUCCAUUUGAAGCCUGGGAGAAAAAAGGUGAAUUUUAUAAUGACGUUCCGUUUGUGGUUGGAACAACAGAGCAAGAGACCGACAUCAGUCCUCCUUUGAAGAACAUUUCUACAUGGACUUGGGGGGACUAUGAGUGGUUUGUAGGAGAGAAAUUAAGACCUUUUGGAAAGGAUGUUGCGUCCAAGGCCCUGAGGCUCUAUAACAGCUCAGCUCCUUGCCCAACCACUGACCGCUGUCCAGAAAGGCUCUACGCCACACUGGUGUCCGAUAUGAGGGUCACCUGCCCCAACAACAACCUGGCCAAGCGAGCAGCAGAAGCUUUGAAGAGUCCUGUGUACCGUUACCUGGUGACCUACAUUCCGUCUAAAGCAGUGAACGCCUCCUCUUGGGGGUUUUACCCAAGUCGCUUUUCCUUCCAUAUGCUGGACAGUCUGGCAUUCUUCGGUGGUCUUGAGAUGACGCUGGGGACGAAAACCCCUGCAGACAAAGCUUUCCAGGAAGUGCUCACUAAAUACUUCAUUUACUUUGCUAAAGAAGGUAAGAUGCCAGCUGAGUGGGUGGAGUUUCCCUCUCGGAUCGCCCUUCUGGACCAGAAACUCUCUGUGGAGCAGAACCCUUUAGCAGAGAGAUGCAGACUGUGGGAAGAAAAUGGCUUUUACAAAUACGCUUGGAUCAACUAAAACUGUUUUGAUCGAUUCCCAACAAUUAACAUGCUUCACUAAAGCAGUGUGCACACCAGCAGGGGGCGAUACUAAAGAAUCUGUUGUGUAUUUUAACUUGUUUUAACUCUUCUUGAGUUUGCCUUUUUGAAUAGCCACUGAUGCGGGGAGGGAAAUUGUGACUGCUAAGCAUGGUGCGAAAUACAGGGGAUCCUAGGGGCAUCUGGAACCCCCUAAUUAACCUCUUGGACCCAUUGAAUGUCUCAAAAUCAAAAUUCUGGGGUCCCUAAAAAUGAUAACAUGCAAAUUUAGGGAAGUCAUUAUUUAGCCUUCUUUACUCAGGAAACGGUGAGAUGCUGUCUUUGAUAUUCUUAAUUAACUAGAGAUGCAGCGCUGGUCUGCCUCAGGGUGGCACUGUUGCAAAUUGGCCCUAGCACCCUAGCAGCUGUAACUAUGCUCCGGACUGCCCAAAUUGCCCAAGAGGCUGGUAGAAAGAGUCAACUGUUACUCGUUUCUCAAACCAAAGACAAAAGAGGAGAUGAGUAAGAUCUCCAUUAAUGUGUGGAAGAGCACAUUACCAAAUGAGAGAAGAGCAUUAAAAAAAAAGGACUGUUAAACUAAAUAUUCUGAAUAUUUCUGAAGCUUCAGUGCUGCAAUAGUGAGGGCAGCAAGCCAGCGCUGGAGUAGCUAGCCAGCAUGGGACCCCCGAAUACCUGGGGGUAUUUCGCACACUGCUUGUAAGGAGAGUCAAAUGCAUUGUUUGAUAUUUUGAUAGUAGUUAAAAGGUGAAAAGGGAGUCAAAUGAAAGUGUCUUUAAUAAGUUACAAUAGCUAAACUUGAGCCUGAACAUUUAAGGCUGACAUGGCUAAAACAGCUACACUGUCACUGUUAUAUUCAGUAAUUUUUGCACCCGACAGCUUCCUGCACCUUAUGGGAACAUUGACGGUAGUUUGAUGUGAAAUCGUUGCUCAGAUUUCUUUACAGUGGUGGUGAUAGGAACCAGGGGUCAUAAUGUCUACAACACAAAACCUACUGUUAUAUAUAUAUAUAGUGUGUGUGUGUGUUGGGGUGUGUGUGUGUGUGUGGAGGAGAGAGAGAAAAAAAUCUGAAAGAAAACAAUGUGUACUGCUUUGCCUUAAAGCAUCCUGAAUGUAACCCUCCACCAUGAAUGCAUUUAAAAUAAAAUAAAAAAACACAUUUCACUUCCAUAAGUUUGUCAAAACUACUGUAAAGCAGUGUCCCAGGCAUCAGGCAGCAUAUUCAUACCGUUUCACUUCUAUGGACUAAUUUCACGUCUAAUGAUUUCUAUGAAAGCGCUUUUAGAGGCAUUAAACUCUUCAGACGUCUGGUUCCCAUCACCACCACCACUGUGAACAAUUCUGAUUUGGUUAGUUUCUCACACCACACUACUCUGAAUGGCUUCAUCAAUACCAUUCAUUUUCUGUGAUUUCAUGCUGACAGCUAAAAUGCAGAUGAUUUAGAAAGGCCUCCUCACAGCCAUAUAAGCCUAUUGUUUGUAUUCCAGUGUUGGAGGUGUACUUUUCUCUCUCCUCUAGUGUGGGGGGUGACUUGCUUUCAUGUUAUCUGUGAUCAAAGGGUCUCUGGCCACUGCCGAGCGGAGGCUAUGAUUAGGGAAUCAGGUUUAAUCACAGGCCGUAAGCCCGGCUCGUCUGAUUAUACACCACCCCUCUCCGCGUCUUCAAGGUUUAACGAAGAUCGGAUGGGUUGACUCGCUCAACCUGCGCAGGAGAGUGGAUGAAAGGCCUCUGCUGAAAAAGAGCGCAUGAAAGAGCCCACAGUGACUCGAGCUCUGGCGAAGUUCGGAUUCUCUUCUUGUGCCUCUACCACUUUAUUUCCUUUAUGGAUGUUGCGUGUGUUCAUAAUCACCUUUGUUUUCCACUCGAGUUUGAAGCUUUUUAUAUGAAAAAUCACUUUGUGCACAUUUUUUUUAAUCAAUCAGUCAGGAAUAUUUGGGGGUGGGGGGGUAUUUCAACCUUUAUUUACAUAAAACUUGUCUACAAUAAAUUACUGUUUCUGCUGAA